CCUAGAGGAGGAGUUUAGAAGACUGGCACGUGAAACCUGACGUACGUUUAUGGAGCCAAGAAGUUGUCCAAGUGAGAUGAGGAUCUGACCUAACAAGGGAUGCAGUGAACAGAAUAUUGAGUCAGGACGGAAAACACUGUUUCAAUGAAUUAUUCAUUCACAUGAUACAAUAUUCUGCUCUUUGUCCUACAGUUUUUGUGAUUUACACAAAACUGGCAAAGACCCAGAGGACAAUGUCAUGUCAUUCUACAAGUCUGCCAUCUUUCACGGUGAAAAAGCCUUAAAAUGUGUGAGCACUUAAUGAGAAAGUGGUGUGACUUUAUGACAGCCUUUAAGAAAAUAAGACUUUCAAGGAAACACUUUAUCUCUUGAUAUUUUUAUAGACACAGGAGACAACACGAGAACUAUGCUUGGAUGACUUUUGGGAAGAGAUAGGUUGGUGGUAUCAGCACAAGUGUAGAAAGCGAUCAAGAGUGGCUGGAGAAGGAGUGUCCCCAUAGGUGGCGACGUUCAUGAGACCCCAAGCGGCGUGGCCUAGGCAACUGGAAGGCAGGGGCCCCCAGGAUUCCAUGCCCCUCCCCCACCGUCCAGUUCUGUUAUUGCAACUGCAGGCGGUUACCUGGCACGCCAGGGCCCGCUCCAUCACUCCUGUUAGAGUCUGCGCAGCAGGCAGUGCCUGGGGCCCUGAGCUCUGUGCUCUUGAACGUCGUUUGUGUGGUUCGAGACCCUCAAGUGUUGUGAGCUGGUGAUCCAGUUGUUGCCAACACCCCCAGCUCUACAUCCUCUACCUCACGUCACCAUGGCAGAAUGUCUUGGCCCUUUAUGUGGUCCGAGGGCAGAAGUUACACUGUUGGAGAUCAACCAGGAGCUGCACUUAGAGCUGACCAAACAGAAGCAGGACUUCCGAGAUCUCACCCAGAAAUUCCUUGUAUGCCAAGCUACUACCUACUACCUGGCCAACCAGCUGCAGAAAUACAAGUGUGAAGAGUGCAAGGACAUCAUUGAAUCCGUGCUGGGGGAGAAGCUGCAGUUUCGGGUGGUGACGUUGGCAGAGAAGCUGGCAGAGAAGCUGGCAGAGAAGCCAGUGCUAGCUGAUGAGAGGUUCAGCGCGGAGCUAGAGGCACCUGAGAAGGAGGAGGUGCUCCUGGAGUCCCAGGAUGAAUGUGUUUUGAAUCCUUCACUUCUCCAAGAGGGAUCUGACCGCACCCAGCUAGACAGUGAAGGCAAAUUUGCACUCGAUGAAGAGAAAGUUGGCCGUGCUCCGGAUGUUGCUGGUGAUUGCUCCGAUGUUCCAGAGGGUGAAAUUCCAACUGACCUCCCAGGUAGCCUUUCUAUUUUUGUUCCCCCACACACCGUGUAG